ACGAAAGUGAAAAGAAGAAGGCAGAGUGCAAAAAGAAUGGCAACUGGUAGAGUAGCUGAUUAUUUAGAUGAGGAUUUAGUUUGCCCUGUUUGUUUGGAUUUAUUUAUAGCCCCUGUAAUACUGGAAUGUGGGCAUAAUUUUUGCAGAUCAUGUAUAGAUAAAGUAUGGGACACAGAGCAAAUUCUCUCCUGUCCGGAGUGCAGAGCGGAAUGGCCAGCCAAGAAAUACACUAUCAACAGGGUGUUAGCUAAGAUAGUAGAGAAAGCUCAAGUUAAACAGGAAGAUACGAAGGGUGGAAAACCACAACAGGGACAGAAAAGUCACUGUGCACUUGGAUCACAGCAAUGCCUGGAACACAAGGAGGAACUGAAAUUAUUUUGCAAGGAGGAUGAAAGUCCCUUAUGUGUCAUCUGUGUGGUAUCACAAAAACAUGCAGGUCAUACUUUCCUUCCACUGCGAGAAGCUGUCAGCAUGUUUCAGAAAAAGCUGAAAGAAGUCUCAUCCCUUCUGGAAUUGAAACUUAAGGGUAUCAAAGCACUUGGAAAUCAGCAACAACACAUGAUAUCAGACCUCCCGAAUAAAUCUUUGAGAUUAGAACAACAUAUAAGAUCAGAAUUUGUCAAGCUGCACAGGCUGCUCCAGGAUAAGGAACAAAGUCUGAUAGAACAGCUAAAGAAGGAAGCAGCAGGAAGUCUGGGAAAGAUGGAGGAAAACCUGAAGGAUAUAAACGUCAAACAGAGUAUCAUUCAGAAUCAUCUAACUUAUAUUCAGUUAACACUGCAGCAGGAAGAUCCUGUAAACUUUUUAAGGGAAUUCAGAGACCAUGAAGAAAGAUACAUGCAACCAGCUAAAAAAGAUGUUUUACCUGAUGUUGUUCUGGGUACCUGUGAUGGCAGUCGGGAAAGGUACAAUUAUGUUUUACACCAUGAGGACUGGAAUGAAUGGAAGUGUAAUAUGAGAACAGUUCCAUCACCUCUGACCCUGGAUCCUGACACAGCACAGCCUAAUCUCAUUUUGUCUGAGGACCUGACCAGUGUGAGACAUGCUGACGUUACACACCAUCUCCCUGACAAUCCUAAGAGAUUUGAUUAUUAUGUCUGUGUACUUGGGAAAGAGGGCUUCUAUACAGGUCAACAUUACUGGGAGGUGGAGGUGAAGAACAAGACUGACUGGGAUGUGGGAGUCACCACAGAAUCCAGCAAUAGGAAGGGACGCUUUAAAAUGAAUGCAAAGCAUGGAUAUUGGAGGAUAAUGCUGAGGAAUGGGAAUACAUACACAGCUGCAGAUUCAUCAUUGAAGGAUUUAACCCUCACUGUGAAACCCCAAUGGAUCGGAGUGUACCUGGACUAUGAAGGGGGACAGGUGUCAUUGUAUAAUGCUGACAACAUGUCCCAUAUCUACACCUUUACUGACAAGUUUACUGAGAAAAUCUAUCCUUUCUUCAGCCCCUGUCUUAAUUAUAAGGGAGAAAAUGCAGCACCCCUGAAACUAUUUCACCUGAAACUGUAAUGUAAAUAAAAAAAUUCUUCUACUACUCAGCUGUACUGUAUUCUUUCUAUUGCAUUAUUUUCAGUCAUUUUUAAAAGACCACGAUC